AUACUAGUCAUAAUAUUUAUAUUAGCACUGGAUGGAAAUCCAGAAACAAUAAAAGUAUAAAUUAAAUAAUUUUCAGAUAGAGAAUGUCUGUGUGAAGUAUCUGACUUUAAGUUGUGCAUAAUUUUCUUACAAAAUUUUUAAUUCAAAUGUAGGUCAGUUUUCUUCGUUACUUCACAAGUAAAUAUCUUGUAGAAAACAGAUUGCUGAAAAUGGAGAAUCUCGAUAGCAUGACCACAGAACAAGGAUUCACCCAUGCAUGAUAGUAAGUUAAGUGUCUUCAAGGGGCCCUGCCUUUUAUGUUUAGUUUUACAUUUCUUGUUUAGUGUCUUUCUAUCAAAAGUAGCAGUCUGACUCUAGAUGUAUCUGGAUGAUAGAAUCACAGAAUAUCCCAAGUUGGGAGGGACCCCUAAGGAACAUCAAGUCCAACUCCUGAUACAUCCUGUGAGCUUUUGGGGACAGUUAAUCUUAGAUGUGGAUGUAAGAAAGAAAUAUUGUAAGUCAUCCUGUAUAAAAAUGUUUGAAUUAGGAGUUGUAUAUUUUAAACAAUUCAGAUCAAGUUUUGCAAAAUAGGCUUUUCCUAUUUUUCCAGCAAAAAUAUUUAAAGCUCUGUUUUGGGAUGUUAAUUCAAAACAGUGGAGAAGUUGGUGUUCUAAGUGCACAUGAAUGUUUGUAAGAGCCGAAGACUUGCAUUGCAGUAAGGAGAAAAUGGUUUUAACUCUCCUCUAUUGAUUAAGAAAAACAAGAUCCUGUUUGCUUUAAACAUUUUAACUAUCUUUCCUAUUUGUCUUAAAUCUCACAGGAGACUAAUACAAAUUAGUGAGGAUGGAAUGAGAUGAGGGAGCAAAUGAAUGAAGCAGCUUUUGUAUUGUAACAAUCACUUUUUGCAGCUUGUCUUCCCACUUUUAACUGCUCUUCUGUGUAUCACAGAGCAGAGGAUGGAAAUUUGUCCUAUAUGCAAUUCCACGGUCGCAUAUUGAUCUAAGAAACAUGCACUUUCAAAGAUCGGCAACCUGCCUCCUCACUUUCCAGAGAUGUUAACAUGUGGAGGAAAUGAAUUAAUGAAUUACUCAGCCGCUUACAGGCCGAAGGGGCAAGGGCAAGGACGAACACCAGCAGGAACAAGUUGCACGAGCUCUGCAUUUCCGGAACAAGUUUUCGCCUCGGCCGUACUUACCUUCAAGCUUUAUAUCCCCGGAAAGAAAGACUAUUCUGUUCAGUGAUGUCUUAGAAGUUAGAUGGCCUGACCUUGUUACUGCUGACCUGACAAGAUGUAUGAAGAAUGGCAAUGUGAAGAUAUCAUCAUUAGACGGUUAUGCCCACCUUCACCUGUCAGGAUUGCAGCAAGAAUUUACUGUGGAGUUCUUAUGCAAAGUCAGCCAACCAUCUGCAGCAUAUUCACAUUCCUCUCAGAAGAACAGCAACUAUCAAAAUGAAGAUCAGUAUGGAAAAUCAAGUAAAAAUUCUCUUCCAGAAACGUCAUCAAGAAAAACGAAAGCAGAAAAUAGAAAGAAUGAACAUGGCAGUGCUGAAGGAAAAUACAGAGACCCAACCAAACCAAAGGACCAAAAAGACAGAGAUAGAGUUCCUAUGUUUUACACAAACUGUUCUUAUGAAUACACAUGGGUUACACAGUGUUGGUCUGUUUCCUCGUACCCAGAAGAAUGGAAAUACCCUUUGUCUUUGGCAUUUAUGUGCUAUAACUUACAUACUGUUAAGACUGAAAUGAAAACAUGUGAGGGAAAUGACCAUACAUCUAUAGGAGCAGAUGUUGUAAUAGACCCCAAAGCAUGUUCAACCGUAUCUCGUUUGCCUACAGCUUUGCCACUAAGCUGCAGAGCACCACAUUUACACAGGUGGAGUUUCUGUGACUUUUUUCUACAAAAGAAGCAAGAGUCUGGAAUGUAUUCAUACCCUCAGCUAAUUGAAAUUGUAUGGUGCGAAGGUAUUUUUUAUAGAUUUAUCCAUGGCAAAAGAAACAUUGCAGAAAUUUACCCUGGUGAUGAAUCAUUUUUCAAGUCUGAAGGAGCUUUUUUGGGAAACUACUUCGUGCAUUAUGCAAUCCAGAAAGGAACAAACAAGAGAGAAGAGAAGAUGUAUUCAGUAAACAGUCUUCCUCCUGAUGUACCAGGAAGUCCAUACUCUAUAUCCUCCAUCAUUACUCAGGCAACCAAAAUGCUUCUGUACUGCUACAAGACAAAACUAUCAUUAAUUCCUAACUAUCAUCUCUGCUGCUGGAAGAUGGUACCUGAGACAGACGGACAGGAAACAUUGCCUGUUUUGCUGGAUGAAAAGGUUAUUCCUAGCAUUGGAAGACUUCUUGUAUAUUCAGACUAUAAAGUCCAUGCUACUUUUAGGGAUGGAAUCACCUUGAAUAUGGUUUGGGAUUUCAGCUCUGGUUGUAGAAAGAUUCAGGUAAAUGAAAAUGUAGGUUGGUGUAAGCUAACUACUCCUGAUGGGGUACAGCAGCUGAUAAAAAUAAGUCAUCCUGGAAUCUAUGAAAGAUACAUCACAACAGUAAUAGAAUGGUGCAGAAGUUUGAAUGAAAGCAAAGAGACUCCUGAACAUACCGCACACUCUGUAACUGAAGAAAAUUGGUCUGCUGAUGCUGAGCUUGAAAAAAUACAGAGAUUUAACUAUAUAUUGGAUAAUAGCAAUGUUCCACAAAGGACAGCAGCUGCAAAAAACAAUCCAUCUACAAUUGCUGUUGGAAAAACAGAGAAUAGAACUGAUACUGAAGAACUCAAUGAAGGGUGCAUCUUGGAGGCUUUGGAAAAAACCUCUAAAAUAAUUCAAGAUAUUGAAUCUCUGCUUGCUGCUUCUGGGAAGUGAAAAUCUGUAAUACAUUGUAUCCUCCAAGGAGCUGUCCCAGCUAUGUCUGAAGAGGCUUUGAAGUAUAAGAGGGAUGAAGGAUGAGACGGCAGCAAUUAAAUGCCUUGCCAGACAAAUUACAUGUGUAAUUUGUUAUUGUAAUACCACAGUUGUAUAAUGUGGAUAGGCAAAAAUUAGGGGCCAAAUAGUGGGGCACCACUUGGUAAAUGAGAGAUCUGACGUGACAUUGCUACGUCUGAGUGUAUGAAUGUCUGUUCAAGUUGUGUAGCUUUGUAGAGGUUUGUGUGACCAACUUGGUUAGAACUUACCAGGGUAACUUGGGGGGAGGCAUUUUAAUGGUAAAAACAUGCUUUUGUCCAGAAACUGACACCAAGUAGUUAAGUAUUAAAGUCACCCCAAUGACUCCAUAUUGAAUAAAGUUGCCCACAAGAUUUAUACCUAUUGUUUUCUAAUAAAAGGCGUGGUUUUAGUCAGUA